CUCCGCGUCCGCCCCCGGCGGACCUGCAGGCGGUACUCUUGCCCUCUCUCGUUCACCUCACCGUGUUUGGUGCACUGUCCCGUGGCAGGGACGUCUCAGCUGUAUUCAUCCCACAGAAUACACAAAAAGGAUUCAAUUGCUACGCCACGCGGUGGCCAUCCUGUAGCCGCGGACCAGGUCCGCUGAGGUUUCACGACAGCAUUUUGCACAACACGCACGAAACGCGUCGUCAACGUUCAACGUUGCAACCUUAGCCGAGAGCGGGCAGUUAUAGGCGCAGCUUGUGUCCGAGUCCGGUCGUUCACGUCUCCCAAACCUACGUGCGCACUUAACAGCACCAUCUCCCGACCGGCGAGUGGUUUUCAUCAGCGUUAGUGCAUAUCUUGAGCUAUGGCGACGUACUACACGCCUCCUGCGCGCCAUCAGUCCUCCUCUACCCCCUCGCCGUCCGUCCGAACGGUGAGUGAACGUGAGCAGGUCGAUCUGCCCACCAUCGACCUCACUUUCGGCGAUCACUCCAUCUAUGUCUUCCCCAAUCCCUCCUCCGCUCCGCCCAGCCCAGCCUCUACGCUCUUCUCUGGGUCCGUGCCGACUGACUUCCCCAGCUCCUAUUCUCCGUCUUCAUCACUCUCCCCGGGCUCCUCGCGUUCGCGCUCGCACACUCGACGACGUCCCCGCCCACGUCAUCAUCCCUCGCAUCAUGCCAUCGAGACUCAGAACCUCAGUCUCAGUACGAGUGCUCGUUCACCAUCGCCGCUGUCCGGUUCGCCAUGCGUAGUCACAGAUGACUCCGAUCCCGACGUCGAGCUCUGGGAUUGGGAUGGACGCUCGCCGUCACCGUUGGCUCUAGAUGGGGACCUAGAUGGUACCGAAUCGUGGGUCCUUGAAGAGGAGAUUGAGCGCCAUGGCCGCUGGGGCAUCGCCCUCGACACACCUUCCCAGCAGACACGGCGCACGCAGCCACUUCAUCAGGCUCACUCUCGCAUGCGACUCGUUCCGUGUUCCCGGAGCACGUUAUCACGAGCGACGACGGGGAGUAGUUUGACAGGAUACUCGGCCCGAGCGAGGGCAUCGAUGGAGAGGGCUGAGAAACACACAAUGCAGCCGCGCGUGCGCAUCCCGCUACUAUCGCUGGUUUCGAAGCUGUUCGCAUUGGACCUGGACGAGCCUGCGCUCCGCCUCCUCACGCACGUCCCGCCCCACGCUGAGGACGCCGAGUCCGUGCUCUUUCCCGGGCACAAGGUCGAACUCGCUCCAGCCUCGCCUACGAUCUCCGAGGCGUCCCUUUCGACGGACUCGUCGUCCCCAGACGAUACCGAGCGCGACUUGGAGUUGACACCCGACCUCCCGCCCACGCUGCACGGCACGCACAAGCUUCUCCUGAGCGCGAAAGAAGAUGCGACCAGGGCUCUGCGUGCGGGGCUGGCGAUCUCGAUGGACUUGCCCGGCCUUGAUUUUGGCGUCGGAUAUGGAUAUGGGUUUGGACCCAUCGCAGGCUUGUGGCGCGCGGUGGGAGAGGUGUGCGUGCGGAGUGGGCAGGCGUGGAGGGAGGUUUGGGCAACUUCGUAAACGCGAAUUUCCUCUCGAUCUCUGCAUUCGUCGCAUGGCGUAUAUAUCGCUUCGCUGUCGCUGGUCGAGCAGUCGCGGUCCUCGGCAUUUGAUAAGGACUGAUCACUGCAUCUCUCGUCGCAUGCUAUACUCGCAUCAUUCUCGUUCCUGGUCUUCGCUCUCCACUCGUCCUCUCUUAUUCGUAAGCCACGUCAUACUAGACCAUUCUCCCUUCCUGUACUGCACUUCUCAUCAGGAAUAUUCAUAUUAGCCCGAUCGAUGCCUCUAUAUUAUAGAGAUAGCCCGGUGAAGACGCACUAUGCUGGUGCGGUUUAGUCGCCGAGCCGAUGUCACAGUGGUAUGGGAGUUGCUAGUGAGCAAUUGGUUCGUCCUGGUGCGCCAUGCUGGCAGCCAUCCGAAUCCGAUGCUCAAGGAGAAGAUGUACAUUCAAGUCUAGAAGUAUAUACGAGGAAUAGAUGCUGCUCCUGGUAUCACAUAG